AUGGCAAUUACAUACGGCAUGCUAGGCAGUCACUCUAUAUUACAGCGGAAUUGGCUCCUAAUCACUUUAUCUACGGGAUUCCUGGUCAUACUCACCUCAACUACCCUUUUAUUCGGUAUUCAGUAUGGGCGUUUGACAUCUUUCACCAACCCGCAUCCGCCCUCGCACCCAUCCUUGAACCCACCAUCUGAGAUAUGGGAUGUUCAUCAUGUUCCAAACCCGCCACCAGUCUUCACUCCCAUGCUUUUCAGGGAAAUAUCCCAUAGCAACUCCUUCAAUUCAGCAGAAGAAGCCGCCCAGGACCCGUCCUGGUCACAACUGUUGACCCAUGGUGGUGGCUUUCUUCAUGUUCAAGAAUCGGACGGCGAGGUUCACGGCUAUGGUGUAAGCAUGUUUCACCAGCUUCAUUGCCUGAUGAUGAUUCGCGACAUGCUUCUUGGAAAGCCCAUGUCACACGCACAUGAGGCAUCGGACUGGUCAAAUGACAGUAUGCAUUGGCUGCAUUGUUUGGACUACCUGGCGCAGGGUGUUCUGUGCGCCGCAGACGACACGAUCGAAAGGCCAACUUUUACAAGAGAUUUUGAAGGAAAACUAGUUAAGGGAAUUGAUGGUAUGAACCACACUCAUCAAUGUCGGAACUCUAAAGCAUUGAGAGAUGCGGUCGAGCUAUCAGAAGAAACCCCUAGAAGGGCGGAGCUAUUGGGCGCAACGACCGUUUUCAAGAUGGAAGGCAUGGACAGUGAAGGAAAGCCAUGGGUUGUCAGUGAAAGCUGA